AUGGACAAGGCGUUUGACGAGGUGCUGGCUGGUUGUGUGCGGCGUCAUGGAGAAAACUGGCUUUGGAAGCCUGUGAGGCAGUGCCUCAGAGCUUUACACAGACGAACUCUGCGUGACACGGAACUACAACGUAGGAGGGCAGACGUGACUGAGGGGUCUCCUGGCGAAUCAUCUGGCAGUAGCGGUUGCGAGCCUGAAAAGCCCUGCAAUGAAGACUGUCCUGAAGAUGUGCAGCUUCACAGUUUUGAGGUUUGGGUGCCGCUUUGCAACAUAGAAAAAGUUAAGCUCAUGCCAUUGCAGCGUAUCUCAUCGGAGGAGUGGGAAGCAUCAAUUGAUUCCGCAGAAGAAGCAUCUGCGACCACAACAGAUUUGUCGGAAGUUUUGGCUUCUCUUGGCUCGUCUAGUCGUGUAGGGGAGCCAAGUUCAAGGUAUAAGGACCUUUGUCUUGUAGCUGGAGAAGUUGGUGUCUCCAUAGGCAGUGUCUACACCAGUCUCACCGCUUUCACGGAUGCUGACUCAGCUGGCACUGCUCAACUUGCAGCUACUCGGCUGCUUCUCAGUAAAUCAGGGUACGAGCUUCUGGACUUGGGGAUGCAGCUGCCAUACAAGGAAUCGCUGGGAGCGAAAGCUUUUCCCCGCAGCGUUUUCCUAAGGCUGUUCAGAAGACUUCGAGAGAGGCAUGCUGCACCGCUAGAAGCUGUUCUGCAGUAUUACCAGGGAAUUUCACAUUCUGCGAACGAGAUGCGAAAUGGAGCAGCCGAGGGGGCACAGGGCGAGCGCGCUGUGAAAAGAAAUGAACCACAAACUACAGCCUGUGGUACACGAAGCGAGGGACUGAGUGAGUUUCGUGCUCCAGAGGGGUUCAUUGAAUGCCGCAAUCUUUUAGCUGUGCUUGGAGGGUCACAUAACGCGUUGGAUGCCUUGGAAGGAGUCAACUCUGGUGAGACAGUGAAAUACUAA